AUGCUGGUGGCAAGUGACGCAGUGUUGCAGGCGAGGUUCAGGCCGCCAGUCAUUAUAACAUCUAUUUCUGGAAUUGCCACCAUUAAAACAAAUGGUACAGAUGGUAGCCCUCAACGGAAUAAACGAGUUCGAGUAUACUUUGAAAAGGUUUUCCAGUUCUGCAGCCUCUCUAAUGGAGUAAACAAUAAAAAUCCACUUUGGAAUGAAGGAUCACAUAAAUAUAAUUUUACAUACAAGCUUCCAAAAGGCAUCCCAUCCUCAUUUGAAUCUCCUGAUGGCCAUGUGAGGUACAAAAUUUGUGCCUUUGUUGAUGCUGCCGAGACACAGAACCAAAACUUGACAGAUAUGAGAUUCUUUUGUGUCAACAGUGUUUUAAACUUAAAUGGAAUCAACAAAAUAUCGAGCCCAAAAACUGUUUUCAAACAUGACGAACUGUCUUGUUUAUGUAUACGUUUUCGAACUGUUUCUGUGGUUCUUAGUCUAAUGAAAAGAGGCUUUGUGCCUGGAGAAAAUAUUGUAAUAAAUGCAGUUAUUUAUAAUGGAACUAGCAGUGUAAUUCCACGUGUUGAAGCUAAACUCGUACAGAGAGUGAAAUACAAUUUCAAGAAUUAUUCAAGUGAACUGAAGGGCACAGUAGCAGAAAUUGUUAGAGGGCCAGUUAUGCCCUCUGAAUCCCAAAUAUGGCGAAAUGAGAAACUUCUUAUUCCACCAGUUGUAACUUCUCAGUUGCUGAGUGGGAACCUCAUUAAUGUUGAUUACAAGAUGUGUGAGAUGAGCAAUGUGGACAUGGCAGCAAUAAAUGCAUGGGUCAUUUACAACAUAGUAAUGAAUAAGAAAAUGGAAAGGAAGAAGUUCAUACUUCAGCCGGCGAAUGAGUUCAACAGAACAGAAGAACAAGAAUCUCAGGCAAAGGAAGAGGAUUCGGAACUGAAAUUACCUAGAAAGUGGGGGAAGUGUCCAAUCAGCCUCUGCAAAGGAACAAGACCAGAAAACAGUGUGUGA